AGGUAUGGGGUGGAAGGUAAGGGGGUGGGAGCCACCCUCCUUCCUCCUUUACUGACAAUACCAAUGCGCCAGCAUUCCAUGCCCAGGAAGUACGAAAGCAAGGAUGGAAGGACGGAGGAGAGGAAGGAAGGAGAGAAGAGGGAGCGAUUCUCCUCUGAGGCUAAAGCCUCGACAUUCCUCUCACAUCCUCGAGGGGUGUAUUCGAGGAGAGCGCCAAAAACCCAAAGGUGUCAAAGGCAUACUAGAUAGAGGAGGACAGAAAGAGAAAACAUGCAGCAUCUGCAUCCAUCCUGGCGUGUCUGACUGAGCCUUGGUGUGAAUGAGCAGGUCUGCGGACCAGCUUAGUGCGACUAACAAGUGGUUGCCAUGCAGCAGGAACCCAGCGCGUGUGUGUGCGUUCCUGGAGUGAGAGAUAGGGGAGGAGGAAUGAUAAUGAGUAGGAGGCAUGCAAGUAGAUGAGCAUGAAGAGGAGAGCUUAUUCUCGGAGAAGAAGGAUCACAGCUUGAACCCCUCCCUCUCACCACCACCCACUACACACACGCACACAUACACACUCAUACACACCCACCCCUCCCUGUAUCUCUUUUGCGCAAUCGAUCUUCCCUCUUGUAUGCCCUAUCUCUCUCUCUCUCUCUCUCUCUCUCUCUCUCUCUCUCUCUCUCUCUCUCUCUCUCUCUCUCUCUCUCUCUCUCUCUCUCUCUCUCUCUCUCUCUCUCUCUCUCUCUCUCUCUCUCCCUCUCUCCCUGGGUCUGUCUCACUCUCUUUGUAUAUGUUCUAUUUGUUUGGUUUCUUUGUAGCGUGUGGAAGCAGCACCAACAGCAUGGACAGCUCGGUGCAUAUUGCUACAUGGGCUCAGAAAACAGGGGAAGUGUGUGGCGGGAGAGGCUGCAGCAACAGGUGUAUGAGGAUGAAACAAUAACAUUGUUCGUCCCUCUCUCCGUCUGCACACACUCACACAGAGCAAUCCACUCCCUCUGGCUUCAGCCACCUGCUGCACCGACUCGGGAACAAUUUGGAAUGACGAAAGAGGGAACAUCUCUGGCUUUAUGACUACAUUAUUGUCCCCGAGUUGUGAUUUCUUGUUCUCCAUGGCUGCGUUGUCUCCCAAUGGAAUUACACUCCUUGGCAGGCAUCUGUUCACGUGCAACAGGUAGCAUGCAGACAUCUAGGUGCCUGAGCCAAUCAGAGGAGACAUGAGGCGUGGGGAUGUCGGUUUACAAUGUGCAGCGUCCACUACAACCACUCCCUGUCUGCCAUGAGCGGGAAUGACAUCAUGGCGCACUCACUGACUCUGGAGCAGAAGACGGCGUUUGCCUUCGUGGGCAUGCUGCUGGUCUUCCUGGGACUGCUGAUCGUGAGGUGCUUCAGGAUCCUGCUUGACCCCUACAGCAGCAUGCCGUCCUCCAACUGGGCCGACGGCAUCGAGGGGCUGGAGAAGGGGACGUUUGAGUACGCCCUUACCUAACCCACAGGGGCACGCCUGACUGGAUGGGAUUCUUACCAAAAACAAUAUAUAAUGAGAAAAACAUAAAUGUGUAUAUCUAUAUAUAUAUAUAUAUAUAUAUAUAUAGGUGUAUUGAUAUUUAUAUACACAUAUAUGGAAGAAAACAACAUCAACAGUUGUCAACAGUACACAUGCAUACAUAUAUACAUACAUACAUGCAAACACUUGCACACAUGUGUUUGUGUGGACACAAACUCAAGUUAACCUACAGCCCUUAACAGCUGUGGUGCCUGAACACCUGAGCAUUGAAAAUGUUCCCCUCUCCUUCUCUUUCUGUCUCUGUCUCUUUCUCCCUCUCUCUCCCUCUCUUUCUCUCUCCCUGUGCGAUGGCCUUCAGAGCCUAGUGAAAUGUAUGUAGUUCUUUGUGUGCACACUGUUAGCUCAGCCCCACCGUAGAGCCGACCUAGGUUAUGCUGUAUGUGACCAUGUGAAUCGCAGUCGCGUGCCUCACCAUAUUUGGGACAUGGCGGUCGCCUUGUCUUCAGAUUAUCUGCCAGCCUGCCUGAGAGCGUACAGUAUAACUUCCUUUUAGAUUUUCAUGACUCUAAGCUGGGAAACUUCCUUUAACCCCCCCUUC